AUGAUCCUGCUGUCUGGUCUGAUUUUUAUUUUCUUGGGAAAACCAGGUCGGUGCCUGGAGGAGGGUGGAGGUUUUAUUUUUAAUGGAGACGUCCGCCACUUCGCCGUGGCCAACGACUCCGUUUACGUCUCCACAGAUGACAUACUGUACCAGCUGAACCACGACCUGACUCUGGUCCGGAGUCUGACCCAGAGAGGAAUCUUGAAGGAAGAUAAACAAGAGAAUGCCUUCAACUUUUACCGGGUUUCCGGGAAGGAUGAGUGGAACGCAACUUUCAGUGUCAAUGUGUUACUGCCGUUUGAUGAUAAUCACACAUUGAUCAGCUGCGGUGUGACUGACAACGGAUGCAGCUACUGCGAGGUGCUGGACCUGGCAGACAUCUCUAAAGUGCGGUACAGUGAACCCGUUCUUGUGGGACCAGUGAACCCCAACAGCGCGUCCGUCGCAUUCCUGGUGGAUGUGGAGAGAUCAAGUACCACCGAGACUUAUAUUCUGACCGCCAUACAGCAAGACGAAUCCUCAAAGCCCAAAUGCUCCUUUGGUUCAGAGGCAGUGUAUCUUCACAGUACAAAUAACAAUCAGCCAGGAGGCAUAUUUUCCUUUAGCGAGAAGUCUACCCCUCCGUUUAAAAGUAAAGGUAAUGUGAGUUUUGUGGACGGAUUUCAGAUCAGUUCAAUCAUCUAUCUUUUCUCCAACGUGCCUUCAGACAAAGAAGGCAACAAAGUUCGUCUCAUUUGGCUCGAAGGUAAAACGAACAAGGUCCAGACGAUGAAGUCACUGCGUGGUGCGUCUCUCGAUAUCUCUGAUCUUGGUGGUAAAGGCAGCAGACUCCUGGCCUCCUCGGUGGUACCUGGCGGGCCAUCGGUGCUCUGGAGCGGCGUGUUCAGUGUAGACGGAGGACAAGUCAACACCGAGCUGGUCAUGUUUGACAUCAGUCCCGAUCUCACCCUAAGAACCGAUGAAGAUCCAGACUUCUGCAGUGCUGCUCGAUGUGACGGCAUAAACGUUAAGCCAAAGACCCUGAAGCCAAAGAAAACACUCUUCAGGCAGAACUACAUGACCUCUGUGCUGGUAGUGAGACAAAGGAGCUGGAUGGUUUUCUUUGUUGGGACAGGAGAUGGACAGCUCUUAAAGCUUGCUGUGGACAACAACUAUCACACCACCUGUCCCAAGGUGCUCUACAGGGCCAAUGAUGACCACAAACUGUUUCCCAAAAUACAUCUAGAUGAAGUGGAUCAUAAACAACUGUAUGUGGCAUUUCAAAACCAGAUGAAGCGUGUACCUGUGUCAAAGUGCAGCACAUAUGAAACUCUGCAGGACUGUUGGUCUGCACAGGAUCCAUACUGUGUCUGGUGUGGCUCUAACAGAUGCACAUUUGAAGAUGAAUGCCCAGAUUCAGACUGGUUAUCCAUUCCUGAAGAUUACAAGCAGAAAAUGGUUUCCUACACUGUAACAAAAGACGCCACUGACCAGAUCACACUAAAGAUCCAGACACACCUGACUGUGGGUCAGAAGUCGCUGUCUAAUUUCACCUGUCAAAUCUCUUCAAGUUUCAAUGAGUUAUGUAGCAGGGAAAGCGCUCCCCCACAGUUCCCACAAUGCACCUGCAUCCUCUCAAAUAGUGCACUUCCCACUGAAGGCCUGGAUGUCACAAUAAGGAUUAGACUGGGGAAGAUUGAUUGGUUAGAACAACUGAAGCUAAUGAAGUGCUCGGACAUCAGAGGACCAGCUACCUCUGACUUGUGUCAGCGAUGUCUUGAUGCUGGAUGUGACUGGAGCCAAGAUGUCUGUUCCUGGGCGACUGCAGAACUAAAGAAUUACAGUGUUUGCCAAAUGAAGGAAUCAGGAACGAACAUUUCUAAGCCAGAGAUCUCCUCCAUCACUCCCAGCGUUGUGUCUUUUUACGGCAAAAACCACGCACUGUUGACAGGUCACAACCUCAGUGACGUGACCAGAGUGAGGAUCCAGGCAGACAUGGACUGCACUCUACGAGAAUCUCCUGUAUGGAACAACACAGGUGUGAAUCUGACGUUCCACAUUCCCAGAGCUGACAGUAAAGGCGUGGUCAAAGUAUGUGUUGUCCUACCAGAUGGUAGUUGCCAUGGCAACACUAAAAUCACCUACAGGUCACCACCAUCCUGCACCGCCAUUACACCAAGCAGCAGCUGGAUGAGUGGAAAUAGGAAGAUCACACUCACGGGAUCCCACCUGGAAUUUGUGGAAGGGGUCAUACACAGCCACGCCAUGCGGGAUGUCAGGCUUCCCAGAAACAGCAACUCUCAGAAUCUAAUCUAUGACACACCUGCAGCUGAAAAUACUAAAGGAACUUUUACCAGCAAUGUGUUUCUGAAAAUUGCCAAUGAAACCUUGACCUGCUCCACAAGUAUCACUUACCAUCCAGACCCCGAAUUUAUCAGCUUCACAUCCACAAGGAGUCAGAAUGAUGUGCACAUAAUCACCGUAAAGAAAAUGGCAGACAAACUGGAGAUGACCCCAGCAGAAUUGACAGUAUGGGGCGUCCAGGACGAAAAACAUUACCUCUGCAACAUGGAAGCCAAAAGUACCCAUAACGAAACUAAUUUUUUAAUCUGUGAAAUUCAAAGCACAUCUGACACUGAGUUUCAGCACUUAUUGAUUAAGUAUGGAGACAAGACUGUAGGACUAGGGCCUCCAUCUUUAUUACAUCAGGUGCUUCUGACGCUGCGUAUCCUGCUGAUACCCUGUGUAACUGUUGCAUUGGUAAUUAUCUGCUGGUGGCAAAAGAAACUUACUGCUGAGAUGAACAAGCUCUGAGCGUCCAACAUUUUGCAACUUCAACAUCAAGAUGGACAUAUCAUUUAUUAUGUUAACUUUUAUUCUUUGCUGAUACUUAUUUCUCCAUCAGUACUCAUUGGUCUCAAAAUGUGUAUGUAGAGGGAAACAACAUUAACUAUACAGUGAGUGUGGUAUAGUGAUGGGCUUUUACAACUACUUUCUAUAUUUUACUCUCUAUUUUACUAGGUAUAAAUAGGAAGUCACCUAAAGAAUUGAAAUGUGUGUUAUGUGCAGGGACAUUUUUGCCUUUAUAAAACUGAGCAUAUCAGAGAGCUUACAGGAAGCUGUGGGGCAGGUUGACUUGAGGUCUAGUACCCUGCUGGUAGUUUCUGCAAUUGGCCUAUGAAUACCAAAGGAAAUACUAAAACCACAGCUUAGCUUACCUUUAUUAAACAGAGCAUAUCAGAAAGCUUAGAGGAAAUGCAGCAGACGUCUCUGACUUGACUGAAAGUGGAGACAUUGCAAUCACAUGGUAAAUGUCUGAAGCCAUGUAAAUAAUAGUCUCUUUCCAGGAGUCUAUGCCGUUUUUCUGGUAACUUCUUGGCAGUUGCUGCAAUUGGCCUAAAAAUAGCCCAGCAAAUAAAACCACAACUUAGCCAUCAUCAAGAAGUUUGUGCAGCUGUUAUACUGGAGGUGACAAACCUCUAUGGUGUCUUGUUCUUCUAUGGCUACACUUGGUGAGGUUUACACUCACCUGUAGAAAAAAAACUGUAAAUAUUGAGUUGAGUCCAACAGCUUCAUCCAGCAGCAAUGCUAAUCUUGCCGAAGACACCGUGGUGCAGAACUGCCUCAGUUGAGCUGAACCAUGAACACGGACGUUAGACACAAUGAACAAGACUACCUGCAAAAACUUUCCAUCCACACUGCCUUCCUAAAACAGUGGAAAGACUGAUUAGUUGAAAAUUGUAAUUAUAUUCAUGUAAAUUGAUCAAUAAA